AUUCGAUAGGAGGAGUGGUCCUACACUUGUGCGAAGAUGUUAGAAGACAAGUACGUCGGCGCGAUCUGGUGCUGUGGUUUUGGCGCACAUGAGCUGCUGGAAGUCCGAAGGAACAAUGGCUGAUGCAAUGGAACAGAUACAUAGGCCUGGUACUGGCCAUAACCUCCACCAUGGCCAUAGGGACGAGUUUCGUCAUCACGAAGAAGGGACUUAUGGAUGCGGAAGAAAGACACGGGUUCGAGGGAGACGGAUUUACAUAUCUUAAAAGCCCUAUAUGGUGGGCUGGUAUCAUAGCAUUAAUUGUUGGAGAGGUAGCAAAUUUCGCAGCAUACGCCUUUGCUCCAGCUAUUCUGGUGACUCCUCUUGGAGCAUUAAGUGUCCUGAUCGGCGCGGUGCUAGGAUCGUAUUUCCUGAAGGAAGAAUUGGGCACAUUGGGAAAACUUGGUUGCGCGAUAUGCCUAAUAGGAUCAGUCAUAAUUGUGCUCCAUGCACCACCGGACAAGGAAAUAACGACAAUAGACGAAAUCCUACACUAUGCAAUUCAACCGGGCUUCUUGAUUUUCUGUGCAGCCGUGGCAGUCUUUGCGGUUGUGAUGAUCUACCGAGUUGCUCCAAAGUACGGGAAGAAGAAUCCUCUGAUUUUCCUCUCUAUUUGCUCCACAGUCGGCUCUGUUUCCGUCAUGUCAGUGAAGGCGUUCGGAAUUGCUGUAAAGUUGACUCUGGCCGGGAACAACCAAUUUACACAUCCCUCGACUUACGUCUUCAUCAUCUUGACUGGAGUUUGCAUCUUGACACAGAUGAACUAUUUUAACAAAGCAUUGAGCCAAUUCCCAACAUCAAUUGUGAACCCAUUAUACUACGUCACAUUUACUACCGCCACCUUAUGUGCUUCUUUCAUCCUAUACGGCGGAUUCAACACCUCAGAUGCUGUGAAUACGCUAUCACUGCUCAGUGGCUUUCUGGUCAUCUUUACAGGUGUAUAUCUUCUUAAUAUUUCAAGAGGAGAUCCCGAUGGUCGGAGGAUGAUCAAUGGAGCCAACCAUGACGGGAUUGCCACUGACCCCAUUUCGGGGAUUCAGACCAGAAGGAGUAUGCAGGCGAGAAGAAGUUUGGAUCCCCAUCGAAUGAGUAUGGGUAGCAACGGAUUCGGCAGGGGCGGAGACCGAGAAGGUCUUAUUCAUGCCUACGACGAAGAGGAGAACAACGCUGGAUUCGGUCUCACUGAUCUCACGGAAGACAGCGACGACGAUGCACCACCACCGAGUGCAAAGACGCCCAAUGGAAAGAUGAACGGGAACGGCAACGGGAACAAGAGAAGUUUCAAUUAG